UUAUUGUGUUCAUGAUAACUUAAUCUGACAGUUUGCCAAACAAUGAACUAUUAUUUAAAAAUUUUAUUGAUACUUUUGUAUCGAAUUGAUCAUAUUCUAAGUGACCCUGAUGAUUUUAUGUUUGAAUAUUUGAAUCCUCAAGAGUGUAGUCGCAGUGAAUUAUUCAUCCCUCAUAAUUUUACGUGUAAAAAAUGUCCUAAUAAUUUAAUAUCAUCAGAAAAUCAUUCAAAAUGUAUUUGUGAUAAAAAUAGCAAACAAAUUGAAUCAGAUGAUGGUUCUUAUAUAUGUAAGAGUUGUGAAUAUUCGACAAUUCUUACUUUUGAUGAAAAUGACUGCAUCCCUUGUAAAGAAAAUAUUUGCCAGUGUUAUAACAACGAAAUUAAAAUUGAAAGACAUCAUAAUGGAACGUUACUCGAUAAUUUGUCGUGUCUUCCAUGCCCGGAAAAUUCAUUUCUGUCAGUCGACAACAGUAAAUGUCUUCCCUGUUCGAUAAUAUUAACAAAAAAUUACGAAAAUGAAAUUUUUGCUACAAUUUUACAUGAGAGAAUUUUGAAAUAUUGCUUACAAAAUAAUUCAUCAAAUUGGAUAAAUGUCAAAGAAAAUUAUUUAGUCAAUUAUCAAAGACAAGUUAUUGAUAGUUAUUACUUGAGAACUGAAUUACCUUUAGCUAAUCAAUUAUGUCAAAAAAAAAAUAACGAAGCAUGUGAACAUCUUUCACAUAUUUGUCUUUUGACUCUUCAAGUUGACAGCUUUCCUUGUAAAUUAUUUAUCAACAAUAAGUACAUUAAUUCAACAAGACUUUUUUAUUCAAAUGAGGAAAGAAAAAAAAUUUUCAAUCUCAAAAAUAUACCAUUGACUUUUACUUUACUACGCAAUCACACAUUCAGUAAAAUGAAUUUUGCUGCAUCAACAUAUUCACUGAAUGGAAAAUUUAAAUCAAUAAAUCAAUGGAAUCCUUCAUGUUCAUUUUUUAAAAACAUUCGUUUUGGUAUAAAUGCUAUAAAAAAAUGUAAAUUAAAUGCUAAAGACUUAUUAAAUUCAAAGGUUGAAUUUGUAACUCCUUAUUUGACGUACUAUGACACUGAAAAUAAAAAAAAGUAUUUAUUUGAGUUGCCAAUUUUAAUUAAAAAUAUAGAAUUCAAUGAUGAUGAUGAUAAUAAUCUGUCGCAUUUGCAAUUAUCUCGUAAAUUUUUUACUGUAGACAGUGUUACUGGUUUCGAAGUAACAAAUUCAGGCAACUUAACUUUUUCAAAAGCACCUGAGCCUUCUGUAAUACGUUACAUAAAAUCAUUGACUGUACAAGUAAAAAUGCGAGGGAGAGAUGCACCAGGUAAAAUAUUCCCGCCAUUAAUUAUCAUCGAGUAUGGAGAAUUGUCUCAUCAAGAUAUAAUUCAAAAUACCGAAUUAGUUGUUGAGUAUAAAGUUAUUUUCAAUGUUAAUGAAAAAGAAUUCAAAGGAGCGCUUGAGAUUACAAUAGGAUUUUUUUCAAGCUUAGCACUACUGCACGCUGGAUUAAAAACCUGGAGCUGCUGUAAAAAAAAUUCAUAUUCAUUGAUAAGCGUCUCUACAUUAAAUUCUUUUAUUAUAAAUUCAUUUGAAGCAAUAGGAAAUGCUCUGUUACUAGUAUCAACAACUGCAUGUAUUUAUUAUUUUAUUUUUUACAAAGGCCAAACAGUCUUACAUAUUUUACUACCAGAUGAUUAUUACGAACUGAUUAUCAAAAUAUCAACAAUCACAGCAUUCGGUGGGAAAAUGGUAGGAGUACUCUACUUAAUAUACCGUCAUAGAAACAUAAAUAUUUUUUUUAUUGAUUGGGAACAAUCACAACGUAAUCCACCUCCAUCUAAUUACGAUUCUCCCCAUACAUCAUUAAGAAAAUCUUAUAGAAAAAGAUUUAAUGACGACCAACAGUCACCGCAAACUAUAUCAGAAAUAGUUGAUACCCAACGUAAAACGUCAUCGAAAUCAAGCCCGACAAAUACCAAUAAUACAAAUUUAAAUACCAAUAAUACAAAUUCUAAUACGAGCACUCCAAGUCAUCAGUCAACAAAUCGAAGUAAUUUAUCAAAAAAAUCAUUACGUUGCAGUAAAAAUUUUUUAAACGGAAAUGAGACUGAAAAUAUUUCAAAUGACAAAUGGUUAGUCAGUGUAUGGAGAAUUUAUUUUGUUAUCAGCCAAUGGCUGCGUAUUAAAACUAAAAGAAAAACCAGCGUUUCUUUUCAAAUAUUCACGACAAUUUUUAUACUUGAGGUAAUUGGAUUGAAAUCAUUGGGUCUGGCAUUACCAGACAUGUCUAUGAGUGAAAAUGAAUUAGUAAAAUAUAAUUUUAUAUUACAAUAUGCUGUGGGUGUGAUGAUAUACAUUAUUGUUUAUUUGUUUCAAUGGUUGUUAGUGAGUUUAUAUGAAAAAUAUGUUAAAAAUAGUCUGCAGGGAUUUGUUGACUUGUGUUCUGUUGCCAAUAUCAGCCUUUUUAUUUUUACGGAUGAUUAUUAUGGAUAUUAUAUUCAUGGCAGAUCUGUCCAUGGAUUCGCUGAUACAGAUCUCAUGAGUCUGAUAAGCGAUUUACAGAGAGAAGAAAAUAAUUUAUGCGCACACAGAGGUCUGAUACCUGGAACAACUGAACAGACUUUUGUUGUCUGUAUUUCUAAAACAUUUAGAGUAUUUUACAAUACUCUGUUAGGUUCAAUCAAUUCGAAUGCGAGAAAUUUUUCACGACGUCAUUUUUCAAAAUUAUCAAUGUGGAAUGAACGUUGCAAGACCCAUUUAAAAUUACGUAAAUUUUUAUGUGGUUUUUUAGACCAUUGUUAUGUAAAUAAUGAUUAUACCGUUAAAGAAAGACGUUUACUAGAAAAAUUAUGUGAUAUUGAGCUGGUAGAUACUAGUGAUAAAACUGUUUUUUAUAUUGAUAAUAAUUACUCUUUUGAUACGAUUAUUUUUCACGGCAACGAGUGGACAUUAUCAACAUUUGAGCUGUCGACAUUUUUAUUUACCCUAGUCUUAGGAAAUAAUUAUAUACUGUCAGCAAUUUUUACAAUAUUUUUAUCUCAAAUAUUGACAUUACUCGCCCAAUUAAAUCAAAGUGAAAAUAUUUCACGUAAGACACUUAUCGACGAACGAUUUCUCAUGUAA